CCCCCCCCCCCGCCCCCCGCCGGGCGCCGGCUUUAAAGGGGGGGCGGCGCGGCGGCGCUCCCCGCCAGCGCUCCCGGUACCCGCAGCCAUGGUGGAGGCUUUCUGUGCCACCUGGAAGCUGGUGGACAGCCACAACUUCGACGAGUACAUGAAGGCGCUGGGAGUGGGGUUUGCAACACGGCAGGUGGGAAAUGUGACUAAACCCACUGUGAUUAUCAGCAGCGAGGGGGACAAAGUAGUGAUCAGGACGCAAAGCACUUUCAAAAACACAGAAAUCAGCUUUAAACUUGGAGAGGAGUUCGAUGAAACUACCCCCGAUGAUAGAAACUGCAAAUCAGUUGUGACCCUGGAUGGAGACAAACUAGUGCACGUACAGAAGUGGGACGGCAAAGAGACAAACUUUGUGAGAGAAAUAAAGGAUGGCAAAAUGGUAAUGACUCUCACCUUUGGUGAUGUGGUUGCUGUUCGCCACUAUGAGAAAGCGUAGAGUUUACCUGACCUCUGUCCAGAUGUUACUUCUGCUGGAUGGAUUAAUGUACUGUCUAUAACUGAACGUAGCUAAAAUGAACAUUUCUGGCAUGAAAGGUUAAUAAAGAGUUUUUUUGGGGGAGUGUGUUUUUUAAAAAAACAACUUUAUGCCAUCAAAUUGGCAAGCUUGUGCUGUAUAGUGAAAAAGGUUAAACUUGGCAUUAAAUUUCUGAAACACUUGCCUCUCUUUUUUUACUGUAAAUGAGACAUAUUUGAAUUGUUUUGGAAUGCAAAUCAAACUAAUUAAAAAGUUUUUUCAACCUGU